CCUUAUGUCCCGUCAAAUUUUGUAGGUUGACGUUCCGAGGCUUUGGUUCUUUAACAGAAAGAAAGCAACAUUGCCUUCUCGUGCCCGCCGCCUCAGUCAUUGCACCAUAACAUCUUCCCUGUUGGAGAUAUUGUCGUGAUAUAUCAUGGCGGAAGUCAUCCCUGUGACCGAGUUCCCGGACUAUGCCACGGAUCCAACGGGAGGCAAUCCAAUCACCCAUGACCUCAAUGCACCUUAUGACAAGGGUGACCUCUGCUGGGUGUUGGUAUGCACGAUCCUGUGCUGGCAAAUUACGCCAGCCAUCGGCUUUCUCUACGCCGGAAUGCAUCGCAGGAAAUCCGCCAUGACGAUGGUCCUCCAAUCGCUCUUCUGCGCAUGCGCCUGUGGCCUACAAUACUGGAUAUACGGUGCAUCGCUGUACCAGUCACGCACGACAAACCCUAUCCUCGGCGACCUGUCCCACGCCGCAUUUCACAACCUCCUAGCUUCUCCUUCGUUUGCCAACAGUGAUAUCCCAGACAUCUUGUAUGCUGCCUUUGGCUUCACCUUUGUUACAGCUACGGCAAUGAUUCUGGCUGGUGCCAUGCUCGAGCGCGGCCGUCUUUGGCCCAGCAUGCUCUUCCUUCUCUGCUGGAACACGUUCGUCUACUACAUCUUGGCAUAUUGGGAGUGGAACCCUAGCGGUUGGCUCUACAACCUUGGCCUCUACGACUUUGCGGGCUCCGGCCCGGUCCAUAUCGCCAGUGGUUUUGGAGCCCUUGCCUGGUCCAUGAUGCUGGGUCCCCGCAUCGACGACAGCAGCACGUCCACGAAGAAGAGGCACGUCCCACAGUUCAGGGGCCACAACCCUUUGCUGAUGACUCUGGGUACCGUUCUCAUCUGGUUCGGAUGGUUUGCCUUCAACGGAGCUAGCACGGCUAACCUCAGCUUGCGGUCCAUCUAUGUCGUGGUGAACACCAACUUUGCUGCUUGUGGUGGUGGAGUUACGUGGGCCUUGUUGGACUAUAUGUACAUGAAGAAGUUCAGCUUGGUUGGCUUCUGCUCGGGUAUUAUCUCCGGUCUUGUCGGUAUCACCCCGGCAGCUGGCUUCGUUCUUGUCUACGUCUCACCUCUUGUCGGAAUUAUCACAGCCAUCUGCUGUUUCUACACCGUUCGAUACCAGCAUAUCCUCCGCGUCGACGACGGUCUCGAUAUCUUUGCCAUUCACGGUGUCGGUGGAUACGUUGGUGAUAUUCUGACGGGUCUCUUUGCCCACAAGAUGGUACCGGCUCUCGACGGAGUUAGCGGCGACACGUAUGAGGGCGGCUGGUGGAAUGGCAACUUCAGACAGCUUGGUCUACAGUUGGCAGGCGCGACGACUUGCGCUGCCUGGUCCUUCUUUGUCUCCUGCAUUUUAUUGUUCCUCAUCAAUAAGAUUCCGGGCAUGCAUCUGCGCGCUACUGAGGAAGACGAGUUGCGAGGUCUUGAUUAUGCGUACAUUGAGGAUAUUGUCUCGGACUACGACGAUGGAAAUAUGCUGAUACACAAUGGCCAGGUGGUGGAGACGCCGACUCCGGCGAGCUUUUCGAAAAGCUCCUAGACCUGUAGAUGCAUUUUCAUUUAGAGGUCUGAAGAAUUAGAAGGUCGGGAUAGACUAUACAGUACCACGUGAAGGUCCUGUUUCUUGGAAACAAUUUCUACUGGUGAGCCUAGUAAGAAAUUGAGUAGCCAUUCAUUUCUUUAGGUAUCUACACAUUUAGUGUACCUCCUCAAGUACCUCUGAACCAUAUGUGGCCGUUACUGUGACGAUCCUUCCUAGGAAGCACAUAGUUAUUUUUUUUUUUGUUCCAAA